AUGGCGACAGAGAAAGAUCAGACGGCCUUUGCCGACUCGUCUCAUGAUGAGAAACAUGCGCCUGAGAUCUCACGCCCCGGAUCAGUCGACGCAAGUGGUCGUCGCAAGUCCGUCGCUCUCAACGUCGUUGAGAAUCCCCUCAAGCGUGGCUCUCCUUUGGAGGUCGCUGCGACAGCCCGCGCAUUCGCAGAAGCAAACGAUAUGGCCGAACACGCAAAUCUGUUCGCACGUGCCGCGCUUGUUGCACGAAGCCCGGACAGAUUCGAAAUGGUGACCGAGCUUGAUGAGCAGGAACGCGCUGCUCUCGCCUACGAGAGGGAUCACAAAUGGCACGGUCCCUUCAUGCUUUGGUACUCGAUCGCGCUCUGCGCCGUGGGAGCCGCUACGCAAGGUUGGGAUCAGACUGGAUCCAAUGGCGCGAAUUUGUCGUUCCCUCAAGAAUUCGGUAUUGAUGGCGAAGGAAAAGACGAGUGGAUUGUUGGUGUUGUGAACGCCAUCAUCUUCUUGACUGCUGGGCUCAUCGGCGCCUUCAUCGUCGAUCCGUUAAACCACUACUUUGGCCGAAGAGGCGAAAUCUUCAUCACUGCUUGCUGUCUCACUGCUACUCCCAUCGGCUCUGCGUUUGCAAAGUCGUGGCAAGGGUUGUUUGCAGCAAGGUUUGUCAUGGGAAUUGGUAUUGGUGCUAAGAACGCCACUGUUCCAAUCUACUCCGCCGAGAUGGCACCAGCGAGAGUUCGUGGUGCUUUGGUAAUGUUCUGGCAGCUUUGGGUGGUGGCUGGGAUCUUCCUGGGAUUUGCGGCCAACGUCAUCGUCAAAGACACUGGAGACAUUUCCUGGCGUCUCCAGCUUGGCUCGGCUUUUAUUCCCUCCUUCAUUCUCGGUGUCGGCAUCUUCUUCUGCCCCGAAUCACCGCGAUGGCUCAUGAAGCACGGGAAACUUGCCAAAGGGUUUAGAUCGAUGCAACGUCUACGAGCUCAUCCUAUCAUUGCUGCUAGAGACUUCUACUACUCGUGGGUCAUCUACGAGGUGGAACUGCGCGAGGCGCGGGGUGCGGGCUAUUUCGCUCGUUUGUGGGACUGCUUUGCCGUCCCUAGAAUUCGUCGUUCCAACUAUGGUGCAUCGACCGUCAUGCUUGCACAACAAAUGUGUGGUAUCAAUAUCAUCUCAUUCUACAGUUCAACAAUUUUCGAGGAAGUCGGCUACACAUCUACCCAAGCUUUGUAUGCAUCCUUGGGCUAUGGCGCAAUUCAGGUUGUGGCUACAAUACCCACCCUGUUCCUGAUCGAUACCAAGGGUCGAAGGACCCUGACUUUGGCUACCUUUCCCUUGAUGUGUGUCUUUCUCUUGGCUGCCGGUCUUUCCCUUUUGAAGACUGAUGGCAGUCGAGGUGAGCAGAUUGGGCCCGUCGUUCUCUUCAUUUACCUCUUCACUAUCGCCUACUCUUUGGGCGAGGGUCCAGUUGCUUUUCAAUAUUCUGCCGAGGUCUUCCCUACCAUCCAGCGUGAGCAGGGUAUGGCGUGGGCUGUGUGCAUCAACAACACCUUCGCUGGUGUCCUCAGUCUCACUUUCCCACGUAUGAAGACGGUGAUGACUCCAACAGGCGCCUUCGGCUUUUAUGCUGGCCUCAAUCUUAUCGCCUGGUGCAUGAUAUUCUGCUUCGUUCGCGAGACCAAGCAGCUCACUCUGGAGGAAAUUGAUCAGGUAUUCUCUGUGCCAACUAAGAGCUUCCUUUCGUACGAGACGAAGGUAUGGCUGCCGUACUUCAUCAAGCGUCACAUCUUCCGUCAAAAGAUCGAGAAGCCGCCGCCGAUUAUCGAGAAGGAGGAGAAGUUCGAUGACGUGUACGAUGCGUGA